AUGAGACAGAAGAGGACCAUGUGGGCUGCCGACCGAACCUGCAGAUGGGAAGCGGGAAAAGACAAGGAGGAGCCCUCCAAGAAGCGCGUCCGCGAACGGAGGAGGGGCACCCAAGAAGAGAAGCAGGCUCCUGAAGCGGAGCCGCCAAGGUGCAAAAAGGGCCACACCAUGGGCCAGCGCACCGACAAUCCGCCCGCCUACAAGAACGAGGCGUGCUGUGACGUCUGCGGCCGGGAGCACCUGGCAAAACUCUGCACCAAGCAGUCCAUGCCUCGGACCUUCAAGGAUUUCUCAGAACCUCAUGAGCGUUGCACCCCCACGCUCAGGAAGCUGACGCACUACUUCCACUGCAGGCGCAUCCUCAAGUGCCAGAAGAUUUUGGGGCUCAGUUUCUGCGGGAAUCAGUUUAAUCGAUAUCAUGACAUCGGGAUGGCUUCAGGAAGUCCGAUUGAGGUGCAAACUCGGAUUGUUUCCGGCCUCUGCCAUCAGCCACACGGCCUACAAACUCUGCCGUGA